CUUUACUCUGUGCAUCCUUCUGUUAAAUCGUGUUGGAAGAAAAAAAUUGCAUACUAGCAUGAUGGUUUUGACUGGAGUCACUUGUAUCGCUGGAAUAUUUCCCGUCCUCUAUGGCACUAAAGCCCAUCGAUGGAUGUUAACUGCCAGUUCGAUAUUAGGCCGUUUGUUUAUCACUUCAGCUUUUGGAAUCGUGUAUUUAUACACUUUGGAAUUAUAUCCAACUUGUAUAAGAAACGGUGCAUUGGGGGCUUUGUCAACCUUUGCACGUUUUGGUGGGGCUUUAGCACCUUACAUUCUCAACUUUUCAGAUUUGGUUUCUGGCAAGGUUGGUCGAAUACUGCCGAUGGUUCUUAUGGGAGCACUUUCCAUAAUCGCGGGGCUAUUGUCACUCUUGCUACCCGAAACAAACAACAGGAAAAUGAUGGACAACUUCAAUGAUGUGACCAAAUCUGGAAAACUGGAGUUCGCUACUAAAAAGGAUGCAAUUCUAAAGGAAGAAACUCACCCAAUGAAACCGAGACAAUCUGCAGAGGAUAUAAAAUCUUAAUUUACGUAUGUAUGUAUGUAUGUAUGUAUGUAUGUAUGUAUGUAUACACACACACA